UUUUCGUCUGGCUUAUCACAGUUUUGGCUCAUGGAUAAUUGUGGUAUUAGUAACUAGGGUUCACUCAAGUGGAAAUCGGUAAUGACCAAAUGGCCGUUGGGCAGAAGCCUAUUUCCUGGGCAGUAUACUGAAUAUAUAAAAGGCUCAGGUUCAAAUGUCUUUGGAUCUCUUUCGGCGAAAAGUAUGAAUCUCAAAACUGUAGAACAAAAAACGAUGAAAACAGCAGUUUUGAUGCUACAUCAUGGAUUGCCGAGGACACCGUAUUAUGCCACGAAGCAUUUGGCCGAAGGCUCUCAUUACUACUACAAGUUACCUCUGUGGCUUACUUCACGUGUGACACAAUUAUAUUGGCCAUUGGCGAAGAAAGUUGACUUUUGUGUUGACGAUUACAAAUAUAGUAAAAACUUCUCGCAUCUUAUUGAUACAUAUUCGAAAGUACUGGAAGGAUAUUUGAAUGAAUUAGUUCCGGAAAAUGGGUCAUUCUAUUGUACACAUGCAUUUCUUUACAACGAACCAGCUAUCCCGAGAACUAUCAGUGAAUUGAUAAGACAAGGUAUGCAACGCUUAAUUUUAUUACCACUAUAUCCACAUUAUUCAUGUUUUCAAACGGGAACGAUGUUAAAUGUUGCUGUGAAAGCUCUUGAUGAGCAGACAAAACCGUUGUCAGAAAAUGGCAUAUGCUCAAUGGAAUAUAGAGUGAGAACUAUGUCCCAUGUAUCGUUUCGCUGUAGUACUAUUGACAGGUGGAGUAGUCAUCCAGCCGUUAUCAAUUUCUGGUAUAAUUUGUUGUGUGCCGAACUGAAGGAUCACGACAGUUUACUUUUUGCUGCGCCACAAAUGCGGGGUUAUAAUUCUUCCGGCUACAUGCGAGAAGUUUGGACAACUUGCUAUCGCCUGAUGGAACAUCUGAAUGAAGCUGUGCCUUGGAAACUUGCAUGGUUUAGCGGCUGGGAUCAUUGGCCGGCAACAGCAAUGGAAAGUAUUAAAUUACAGCUAUAUUUCUUGAGAAGGGAGAAACGAUAUCGUACUUUAGUCGUGCCUAUUGCAUCAAUCAUGCCUUCUUUUGAAACUGAAACUUUACUACCAAAUAUUCUACAAAAUGAAGGUGUCAACUUACUUUUACCACCUGGAUUUUCGCCGGUUUUGGCACAUGGCUUUGCAGAACUAAUCAAGAAUCAUUUGAUGGGUCGUAGAGCAUCAUCGCAGCUGUCAUACCGCUGCAAAUUCUGCUUCAGCUCACGUUGCUUACUUCGAAUAGCAAUGCUGGCACCAAAAGAAAUGCCUUCCAAUAAAAUAUUUUUAGAAAAUAGCUUAAGAGACGAAAAAGUAAUUCAGCAACAAAAAAAGCUGCAAAUUUCAGCUUGAAGAUACCAAAAUAUUUAGAUAAAAGCGAUCUUGCAAGGCUCAUUCUCAUCCGAAUUUUUUGUUGCUAAAAAUCAUCAGCUCACCAGACUUUGAACAGUGACAGUGCUUCCAUUUUAUGGAAGAUUAAUUUCUUCCAUAUCUGGUAAAUGGAUAGUACUUCACUUGUUUUGUCUCCUUAGUUUGGUCGUGUAUAUUGUAGCUUGACGUGUUAACUGUAUACUGUAUAUUGCUGAACCUUAGUUGUCAUAAUUUCGACCAAACGAUGGUAUUUCUAUUAUAUAGUUUUGCAUCGUAUCCUUAAUAUUUAUUUGUGAGUAAUUAUGUAAAUUUGAAAUCAAUUCACUAAGCAUUACUGGGUAAGUUUAUUAAUACUUAAAUAAAAUAGAGAGCAUAUCUAUCCCACUACUGUCAAAAUGUGGCUUUGUUUUGAGGUUCGUGAAGUAUAACGUCUCUAUAGGCGUAGUGUGAAAUUGUAUGCAGGAAAUAUGUUAAUAGUGAAUACAGGUAAGCAGAAUCAAGCAGUGAUGUUUAUUGGAACUCGCUAACUUCUAUGUAACUUAAUAGUCAUUUUUAC